UUAAAGCAGUUUAACAAUUACAAAAUAAAAAUGAAUUUCUACCAGAAUUGCAUCGUGUUCUUAAUAACUCACAAGUAUAUUUUAUGGAUUUUGAUAUUACAAAAAACACUAUACAGAUCUGCAGUUACUUCAAAUCAUUUUGACUACAGAUUAUCAAAAAGAAGUGUUUUACCAUUUGUUUAUUAUAAUGGUACACCUAAAACUAAAGAAGAAAUUGAAAAGAAGGACACUAUGGACACGUAUAAUUUAGCUUUAGCAAAUAAAAUAGACCCUAAUGAUAUUAAUAAAUAUGAUUAUAUCAAUAAUAAUAGCAAUCUACACAGCAUGGAGAUUCCAUUUUAUUGGGUGAUUGACGUCGAUGGCCGAAAGCGUAAAAAGAAAUAUUCUAAGAAACAUGAAAAAGAAAAAACUCAUCAUGCUCACUCAAGAAAAUCUAGAGAUGUAACUCAUGAAAAAUUACAUCAUAAAUCACAUGAAUCAAGUAAAAAUGUAAUGGAUAAAAAAUUAGAUAAGUUAAAGAAGAAGUCAAAUGAAUUGGAUAAAAAAGUGAGUAAAAUAACUGGAUCUUGUUUAGAUGAGUCAAACUAUUCUGAUAAAUAUACACAAAAUGUAGCAAAAAGUUAUUCAAGUAAAAAUUUAAUUGAUAAAUCAAAAAAUAAAUCAAAACUAAAAAAAUAUGAUAAUAUCGAUAAAGUUCGUGAUAAUUUAAAGAAUGAACAUCAACAACAUAGUUCAAGAAGUAAUACAAUUGAUAAAAAACUAAGUAAUAAAUUAAAAGAUGCUCAAAAAAACCAAUCAGACAUGCAUUCUAAUGGUUUUAAUAAUAAUAAUCGCAAAAAAAGACCUAAUAAUAAAUUAAAAGUAGAAUCAAACAGUGAAUUUGAUGAAGACUUAAGUGAUUCAGCAAAUAUUGAGCACAGUGAUGCAACACAAAAAACCAGCGGUCAUGUUAGAAAAAAAUCAAUUGAUAAAUUAAAAAAAAAGUCUAAUUCUGAAUUAGAUAAACAUCGUAGUGACUUAGAAGAUAGUCAUCUGAAACAAAAAUCAAAUAAUAAAGUGGGUAAAAGAUCAAGUAAUAAAUUAAAAGAACAAUCAAAUGAUGGUGAAUCAGAUGAUGAAUUAAAUGAUUUAAUAACCAAUGAGGAUAGCGAUGAUUCCAAUGAACAUGAUAAUAGCUUAAUAAAUAAACAUCCGCAUCAAAAAUCAAAUAGGAAAGUAAAUAAUAAACUAAAAAAAGUAUCUAGCGAUGAAUCAGAUGAUUCAAUAAAUAAUGAAAAUAAUGAUAUAUCUAAAAAAGGUGCUAAAAAUUUAGAGAAUAACUAUAAAAAAAAGAAAUCGGAUAAUAAAGAAGGUAAAAUGUCAGGCAAUAAAUUAAAAAAGGAACCGAGUGAUGGAUCAGAUGAGCGAUCAAAUGAUUCAAUUGAAAAUGAAUACAGCGGUGUAUCUAGCAAACAUAAUACAAAUGUAAAAGAUAACCAUAAAAAACAGAAAUCAAAUAAAAAAGUGGAUACAAGUUCAAAUAAUAAAUUUAAAAAAAAAUUAAGUGGCAAAUCGGAUAAAGAACUAAAUAAUUCUAUAAAUAAUAAACACAGUGAUGAAUCUAGUAAGAAUGCUAAUAGUUUAAAAAAAAAACAUCACCGCAAAAAAGAAAACAGUAAAAUAAGUAAUAAUAAAUUAAAAGAAGAAUCAAGUAGUGAAUCAGAUGAGAAAUUAAAUGAUUCAAUAAAUAAUGAAAAUAAUAAUGUAUCUAACAAACGUUCUAAAAAUUUAGAGAAUAGCUAUAAAAAGAAGAAAUCGAAUAACAAAGUGGAUAAAAAGUCAAAAAAUAAAUUUAAAAAAGAACCUAGUGAUGAAUUAGACGAGCAAUUAAACGAUUCAGUUGAAAAUGAAUGCAGCAAUGAAUCUAACGAAUUUACAAAUAAUUUAAAAAGUAGAAAACAACACAAAAGUAUUAUACUUAAAUUUGUUGGUCGGCGCUAUGUAUAAGCAAUUUUGCUACAUGAGUAUGUAGUGAAGUAGCUCGCACUAUUAUUCUCAAUAAUUUGAAUUCAUUGAUGAGUUGUUAUUUAUUAUUAGAAACGUCAUUUCGACGUUGAACGAAUUAUAAUUAAAGUUAAUUACUUCAUUAAUUCAUUAUAUAAACGUUUUUUUAUUGUUUUUAUCGGGUAUGCUUUUGGGUUAUGGUGGAGCAUGGGCGGAUAGGCUAUUUUUGGCCUACCGGGAAAUUUUAAAAAUGGGCCUUCAUAUAAAAAAAAAAAGUCUGAAAACGGCCCCAUUACCGAAAUACGAAGGGGGCCCACCGGGAAAUGCCUGGUUUCCCGGUAGACCUAUCCACCCAUGGUACCAGUAUAUAUGUUUGUCACCUCAUCCAAAAAUACUAUUACUAUAAAAUCAUAACGCAUACGAGUCCACGUUAAGUGAGACAUUUUAUGUCUUUACUUUCCUACCUAUACGUCAUAUGACGUAUAGGUAGGAACGUAUGACGUAUAACGUAUAGUCUAUAACAUAGAGUGAAAUAAAGACACGACUGUUGCUGUUAUAAAAUUAUUUUAAUUUAUAUGUUAACAAGUUACGUUAUUAGGAGACGUAACGCUAAGAAGUGGUCGGUAGUGUAUAAAGUAGGAUAUAUAAGCAAGCGUUUGUGCAUUGGAUACGUUUCUUGUGAAGACACCGUCAACACACGUCAUAUUUCAAAUAUACAUAUAUACAUAUAUACCUAACCUUGGGUCUCCAUGGCAAGCAACCGUGGUAUUCAUGGUAAUUACGUAACGCUUUUCGUGGACACUUUUUCGUGAUGAUUUUUUAUUUUAAUUUGCCAAAGCAAAGGCAUAAAAUGUCAAAAUCAAAUAGUAAAGUAAGUAAUACAUUGAAUGAA